CUUUUUUUUUUUUCUCGCAGUUGUUGUCAGCGUAAACCCUGACGCUGACGCGCUUGUCUGGAGAUGCCGCUGUGUUCUGUGUGUGAAUAUGUAUCUGUCAGUGUGUGUAGAAUCAAAAUAAAGUGUCUUGGCGGUUGUGUGCGACCGUCGCGUGUUUCCAGGGGACCAUAUAGGGGACGGACGUGUAAACAUGUGGAGCGUGGCGCUCGGUCAAGCUAGGCUCACCGAGCAGAGCGCUGCUGCAGCUGGCUGCUAGCCGAGCUGGGUGCUACGUGUAACUUCAGCAUGUGUUCAGGAAACGCGAUCUACCGGUGUAACGAGCCGAGCACAGCGCACACCGAGGCUCCGAUCGCUGCCUCACGACGUGUGCUCAGUGCCCGCGUGUGAACUAGGUGUAUGCUCGGCAGCCCAGCGUUUUAGUGGAGGUAUGAAAUUACUGUUCCUUGCCAGUCUCAGCCCCCAAACUGGGAACCACACCACAGCUGAGAGGAUCAGGUCCUACAUAGAGUCAGCAGGGCACACCUGUGAGCUCAGGGAUCCAGCAGAAUUCCAGUCACCUGCUGAGGUGACGAACCUAGUGUCCCAGAAUCCUCCGUUUGAGGCUGCACUGGCCCUUCACCUGUUCAAAGCAGCUAGACUCCUCCUGGACAUCCAAGUACCCUUCGGCGUCGUCUUUGGCGGAACCGACAUAAAUGAAGAUGUGAAAGUUAAACAGAAGCGUGUGGUCAUGGAGCAGGUGCUGCUGAAAGCCAGGUUUGCCGUUGCAUUUACUGACCAACUAAAAGAAGAGGCAGAGAUGUAUUUGAUGUCCCAGAGCAGUAAAAUCUAUGUCCAGCCCCAAGGUAUCCAGACGCACGUGACUGACAACUUCUCCUGGACUGAAUUCCUGAGGAGCUCAGGUGUAAGCACCGAGCAUGCGGAUGAGCUGCGUGUCUUCCUGUUGGUCUGUGGCCUCAGAAGAGUCAAGGACCCCCUCUAUCUGGUGAAGGUAUUUUCAGAGUGGCACUGUGAGAAUCCGCUGAAUGUGCUGAUCAUUAUUGGGCCAAAGAAAGAAGUCAUAUCCCGGCCAGCAGCAGCAGCAGCAGCCGCCUCAGUGCUCUUACAGCUCUUAUUGAUCCUGUGUUUACUGUGGAAGUGGAAGCUGUUGUUCAAAGCAGGGGUCUUCUUGGCCCAGGAGAGGAGCCAACAGGAGCUUCACGCUGCCAUGAAAAGGUGCUUCGCUAUGGUCAACAGCUCCAUCUCAGAGGGCAUGUCAGCAGCGAUCUUGGAGGCCAUGGACCUCGGGGUACCUGUGCUGGCCAGGGACAUAACAGGAAAUUCAGCUGUGGUGCAGCAUGAGUUCACUGGCCUGUUGUACUCGUCUCCUAAGGAAUUUGUGCAUCAAGCUCAGAGGCUGUUGUCAGAUCACGAGCUGAGAGAGAGAGUGGUGCGCAACGGAAAACUCUACGUGGAAGAGCAUCACAGCUUGAAACAAGAGAGAGAAACCUACCAGCGGCUGGUGGACAUUCUGCACUAAGAUCACCACAUUCAACUCGACUUUCUCAGGAACAGUAGCGACAGGGAAUUACACGGGUGUAUCUAUCAGGCAUACUGUAGAUAUCAUUUUCACAUGUGUCUUCUACAAAAUAAUCCAGUUUUAUCUGCACUGCCAAACUGAAAUGAUGCAGCAGAGCACUUUGAACCAAAGAACUACAGUAGAAAUGGUUAUUUGCCGUGUUAAUAUAUUUUAUGUACUGUGUUUGAAAUUGAUAAUGUACUGUAUUUAUGGUCAAGUAUAAAUGUAUGAGAGUCUUAAUAAUAAAGGCAAACAGCUCCACGGGUUGUUUUUAACUGGG